CGAUAAGCGGCAUAUUAUUACCGUUUUUGUGGAUGAUUGACUACAAACUGACGGUUGUUUUUCCAUCAUGUCAACGCGGGUUUUCCACGUUGGUACUUUGUUUUCAUCAGACCAAGGAACUCCGAGUGGGGGAGGUGAACUCCGCGGGGUGUCACAUGGCGACACAAUCGUGGAAACAGAAGAUCGGAAUUCCUCCCCGCGCUGUUGCACUAAGAUUGCGCUGGUCCUGACGGUUACAUUUUGACCAUCAACACUUUGUUUACCUGAAUGUUUUAAGCUUCGACCACCCACUUUCAUCCUUUUGUUAUGUGGUUACCUUUGCUAUUUUUAUCAGUAAAAGAAAAGCAGCCAGGAACCAUGCUGUAGAAAUGAAAAACGGACUCCGUUUGGGUUGCAUUCGUUAUCAUGACAUGCUAGCAUGAUGAUCGCUGAUAGGCUUGCAAAGCGGGACAAACUGAAACAGAAAUGACGACGAGUAGCCUAGCGAUCUUCUGUAUUCUUUUAGGCUUCCAUAAAGAAUGCCGAUGGUUCUACGCAAUCCUCAUGGUGCACAGACGGUGUGAAAAUCAACCCCCUUUUCCCCCCAAAAGAGAUUUAAGGAAUCACUGUGUUAGGAAAGUCGGGCCUCCCCUUUUUAUUGGGACAUGUUUUUAUUUCACCAAGACAUUCUUUUCAUUGUCUUGAUUCCCUUUUUUUUCACACGCGAACAAGACAACUUUGCUGUAGCCUUAUCUUUUUUUUUUUUUUUUUUUUUUUUU